CGUGGCCCGGUCAGCUGUUCUUGUUUUGCUCCCGUUUUUUCCUCCAGCUUUCGGAAAAAAGCAGCUCUGAAAAGCUGCCGCUUUGUGUUCUGAGCGGUGGGAAACCGCCAGCCCUGCGUCCCCAGCGUCGACUCCCGGACAUCUCCUGCACAACACCUUUUUUCUGCCACAUUGGAGCCGUUUCCCGCCGACAUCGAGCGAAGAGGCGCCGCCGAUCCCAGGCCUCCGGUCCGGUCCGGGGGGAGAGAGUGGGGAUGGAGCCCGCGGAGGGCGCGGAGGAGCCGGGGCCGGGGCCCCCGGGGUCCCCGGGGCCGGAGCUCCGGCUCGGCUGCGUCUCCUUCAACCAAGACUCCACGUCUCUGGCUUUGGGAACAAGGACCGGCUACAAACUGUUUUCUCUGACAACGGUGGAAAAACUGGACUGCAUCCACGAGAGUGCAGAGGUUCCAGAUGUUUACAUCGUGGAGCGUCUCUUCUCCAGCAGUCUGGUUGUGGUGGUGAGCGCCGCCACGCCGCAGCGCAUGAACAUCUACCACUUCAAGAAAGGGACGGAGAUUUGCAACUACAGCUACACCAGCAACAUCCUCGCCGUGAGGCUCAACAGACAGAGGCUGGUGGUGUGUCUGGAAGAGUCCAUUUACAUCCACAACAUCAAAGACAUGAAACUGAUCAAGACUCUGCUCAACACGCCGUCCAACCCCUCAGGUCUCUGCACUCUCUCCAUCAACCAUUCCAACUCGUACCUGGCGUACCCCGGCAGCGCCACCAUCGGCGAGAUCGUGGUGUACGAUGCCAACAAUCUGAGCACGGUGACGGUGAUCCCGGCCCACGACACUCCUCUGGCAGCUCUGGCCUUCAACGCCUCGGCCACCAAACUGGCUAGCGCCUCCGAGAGGGGCACCGUCAUCCGAGUCUUCUCUGUUCCUGAAGGCCUGCGCCUGUUCGAGUUUCGCAGAGGCAUGAAGAGGUAUGUCAGUAUAAGCUCAUUAUCCUUCAGCCCCGACGGCCAGUUCCUCUGUGUGUCCAGCAACACGGAGACGGUCCAUGUCUUCAAACUGGAACUACUGGGACCAAGUGGGGAGGACGAGGCUGCCACCUGGACGGCCUACAUGGGGAAGAUGCUGUCGGCGGCCAGCAGCUACCUCCCUGCUCAGGUGUCGGGCAUGAUGAGCCAGGACCGGGCUUUCGCCACCGUUCACCUCCUCUCAUACGGCCAGAGGAGCGUCUCCACUUUAGUCACGAUCCAGAAACUUCCACGGCUGCUGGUGGCGACUGCCAACGGGCAGCUCUUCAUCUAUAAUGUGGAUCCCCAGGAGGGGGGCGAGUGCGAGUUGGCGUACAAACACAGGCUGUUUGGAGCUGAUGAAAGUGACGAGGUUGGAUCAGUACCAGUGGGCUCACAGGUCACCGAGACAGCCAUAACUCUGCCAUCUUAUGCUGAAACUGCUGCUUUACCCGCCUCCGGUCCGGUCACUGCCACUCUCACUGGCUACUCUGAAGACGGCGGAGCUAAAAAAGGCGAAGUCAUACCUGAGCACGAGUUCGCCACUGGGCCCGUGUGUCUGGACGACGAGAACGAGUUUCCUCCUAUUAAUGCGUGCCGUGACGGGACUGGAGGUGGCCGGGAGAGGCACUCCUGAGAGGGUAGAAGCACAGAUGGACAGGCAGGAUCGGAGAUGAACAGAAUAAACGUGUUGCAUUGGUGCCAAGUCAUUUUGUUCAUUUACAGUAGAGAGAAAACGACGACCAUUCAAGUGUGAUGGUUUCAGAGAGAACGGCCGAGUUCAAGGUACAUUUCUGUUUUUGUCUUCGCACCAACGUCGGGAACUUCUCCGAAGUUUCCAAACGUCAACUGGGACAUUUUGAGGAAGCGAGUGAUGCAGUUGGAUGGAUCGGAUGCUGUAAAUCAGGACGUUCGUCUUUAUAAAAGGCUUUUCUGGACAUAUGAGAUGCAUGCUGAAAGAAGAAAUAUAACCACAAGUUUUAAAGCAUCAUUACUUGAAAGAUAUUCUAUGAGUUGCAUUAUUGUAGCAACAUCUUUAUUUUUCUUGAUAAUAAUAAUAAUAAGAUUUUAAUUAACAUAUUGUUUGUUUUUAUUGUGUAUGGUAUUUGACUGCAUUGACGUGUAUUCAGAGUCUGUGUAUGCGUCCUGGAGGCAUUGCAGAGGUGGUUACGUACUGUAUGUUUGCGCUUGAUAUUAUGUGUAACUUUGACAAUGUAUUUUACUAAAUGCACAAGACCAAAACAAAUGAAAGAAACUAAAAGAAUAAACCCGUAAAACAGAGUAAGACUGAACCUAUGCAAAGCAAAAGAAUUUGUCCUGUUUUCUGUAUUUUAUUCUCUGAUUUGAUAAACAGCGUUGUUGACUUUCAAAGUCCAAAUGUGCGGAGUUUCCGGGACUGGUCCGCCAACGUUUAGCUGCCAUCAUCCAGUUUUUGCUAAACUGGAAGUAUGGAAGCAUGCAGUUCCAAGAAUGUUCCAGGAAGGAUCUAAAGUGCCUCAGACAUCGUUGACGCCCACGUUUAAGCAGAAAUAUGCGUACUGCAUAUAUGCAUUUAGUAAGUAUGGAUACAUGUUCCUCAAGAACCUAUGAAAUCAAGCGCGGGGUACCCCAAGGUUCGACUUUAGGCCCAAUACUUUUUAAUUUCUAUAUGCUUCCGCUUGGGGACGUCAUCAGGAGGCACGGCAUCAAUUUUCAUAGUUAUGCUGACGAUACACAACUGUAUAUCGCCGUGUCUCCUGAAGACACAAAACCAAUUGAUACCCUUCUUAACUGUAUUUUAGAUAUAAAGUCAUGGAUGGCACAGAACUUUCUACAGCUCAACCAGGACAAAACAGAAGUUUUAAUUAUUGGUCCUGAAGCCAAGAGAGAGAAACUUUUACCAAAACGACAAGAUGCACAACAUCAACCAUCACAUUGUGUAAAGAAUCUGGGUCUUAUUUUUGACUCUGAGCUGAAUUUUAUUCCUCAUAUCAA